GAUGCACUUCACCGGAAACGCUCCAAUCGUCAUUUCAAAAGUCCAAGCUCGCCGACACCGCUGGAGGUUUCUUGAGGGAAAGGCGCGCCGAAUAACUGCGACCACUUUGUGUUUAAGGCUCGCUCAGACACUUAAACACCCGCUGGGACCGCAAAACUUCCUCAUGGCGUCGCUCUUUUCUGUCGGUUAGCAGUACGAGGCCAACACCUCGCUAGCCGGCGAGCGACUAGCCAGCUAACUAGCGGCCGGCCAAGGAAAUAACUAGCGACUAGCCAGCUAACUACGGCCAAGAUAAUAACCAGCGACUAGCCAGCUAACUAGCGACUAGCCAGAUAACUAGCGAAUAGCCAGAUAACUAGCGACUAGCCAGAUAACUAGCGGCCGGCCAAGGAAAUAACUAGCGACUAGCCAGCUAACUAGCGGCCGGCCAAGAUAAUAACCAGCGACUAGCCACCGGCCAACUAGCGGCAGACCUAGAAGCUUACUAGCGACUAGACAGCGGCUAACUAGCGCCCGGCUUAAGAGCUAACUAGCGAUUAGCCAGCUAACUAGCGCCCGGCUUAAGAGCUAACUAGCGACUAGCCAGCUGCCGCCGCCGCCCCCCAUCUCGCACACUCGGCCUGCCCAGCAUGCAGGACUGGCGUUAGGCGCCGGAGGAGGCGGAGGCGGCACCACCACCACCACCACCAUGACGCUGGCGCCCAAGGAGCUGUCCAACCUGCUGGGCAUCAUCUCGGAGGAAGCCUGCACCAACACCUUCGACACGCUGUCCACGCACUUCCACCACUACUUCGGCAAGGCGGAGCACUUCCGGGUGGGCUCGGCGUUGGUCAUGCUCCUCCAGCAGCCCGACCUGCUGCCCAGCUCCCCGCAGCGUCUGACGGCCCUCUACCUGCUGUGGGAGAUGUACCGCACCGAGCCGCUGGCCGCCAACCCUUUCGCCGCCGUGUUCGCGCACCUGCUCAACCCCGCGCCCGCCGGACACGAGCACGAGAAGGUGCUCUCAGGCUUCCUGCCACCCAUCACCCUGCCUGAGAAGUUCUUCCUCUCGCAGCUGAUGUUGGCGCCCCCUAGAGACCUGUUCAAGAAGACACCUCGCCAAGUGUCCUGCAUGGAUGUCAGCAGCAUGCCACACUCCAUAGACAUCAGUGGACUGCAGCUCGCCCUGGCAGAGCGUCAGUCGGAGUUACCCACCCAGAGCAAGGCGAGCUUCCCCAGUGUCCUCAACGACCCUGAUCCAGACUCAUCCAACUCUGGCUUUGACAGCUCGGUGGCCAAUCAGAUCAUCGAGUCACUGGUGACGGGUCCCCGCCCACCACUGGAGAGUCACUUUCGUCCCGAGUUCAUCCGGCCGCUGCCACCUCUGCACGUGUGUGAGGACGAGCUGGCCUGGCUCAACCCCAGCGAGCCAGACCACGGCGUGCAGUGGGACCGCUCCAUGUGCGUGAAGAAUAGCACGGGCGUGGAGAUCAAGCGCCUGAUGUCCAAGGCCUUCAAGAGUCCGCUGUCGGCACAACAGCAGUCGCAGGUGAGCCGUCCUCGCUGUCCUCGCUGUCCUCGCCCUUUGCUCCCACGACCGCCCCUCUGUGUGGCCCCACAGCUGCUGGCCGAGCUGGAGAAGGACCCCAAGCUGGUCUACCACAUCGGCCUGGCGCCCGCCAAGCUGCCUGACCUGGUGGAGAACAACCCUCUGGUGGCCAUCGAGAUGUUGCUGAAGUUGAUGCAGAGCAGCCAGAUCACCGAGUACUUCUCUGUGCUGGUCAACAUGGACAUGUCUCUGCACUCCAUGGAGGUGGUCAACAGGCUGACCACAGCGGUGGACUUGCCUCCAGAGUUCAUCCACCUGUACAUCUCCAACUGCAUCUCCACCUGUGAGCAGAUCAAAGACAAAUACAUGCAGAACCGGCUGGUGCGCCUGGUGUGUGUCUUCCUGCAGUCCCUGAUCAGGAACAAGAUCAUCAACGUGCAGGACCUCUUCAUCGAGGUGCAGGCCUUCUGCAUCGAGUUCAGUCGCAUCCGCGAGGCUGCCGGACUCUUCCGCCUGCUCAAGAGCCUGGACACUGGCGACACCCCCACCAAGUGAGAGGGCGGGGCUUACACAAGCACUGUAAAUAUCUGCUCAUCCCCAAUAAACUUCCUUUUUCUGA